GACAAACUCCCUGUAGGUCAGGGCAAACGGGGAGCAGCCAUUAAUGACUGCUCGGUCUUGAUCUGAGUUCGGAGCAGACAACGGGCCCAGGUUCGGGAUGAACUCCUACUUAGACUACCCCGUGUGCAGCCGAGGGCCGAACCUUUUCAGCGGCAGCAACCUAAACCACAGAUACGCAACAAGUGAGGGUUACGCACCGGAUGGCCGCUUGAUCGCUUCUGCAUCGCACCAGAACCUCCCUCUGCACCAGCAGCACGUCAAUCUGGACCUGCAGUUCUCAGCACCUGGAACCCCCAUGUAUGGAUCUCAUCUGGAGUACGGCCUCGCUCCAGACCUGAACCAGAGCUUCCUCCAGGCCUCACCGCUCGGAACCAACAUGGCUCCCUACAGCGUGGACAGCUGCGGACCCGGAGGCGCAUCUGGCGGCCAGUACCUGCAGUUCGACGACCAGAGGCAGCAGGAAUAUGCAGUUUACCCGAGGCCCCAGUGUAGGGAGAAGGAGCCCGCGGAGGAAACUUCUAGAACUUUUGACUGGAUGAAAGUAAAAAGGAAUCCUCCAAAAACAGCCGCCCUGUCGGAGUUCGGGGUUCCGGGUCAGCACGGCGCCAUCCGGACCAACUUCACCACCAAGCAGCUGACGGAGCUGGAGAAGGAGUUCCACUUCAACAAGUACCUGACGCGGGCCCGGCGGGUGGAGGUCGCGGCCAGCCUGGAGCUCAACGAGACGCAGGUGAAGAUCUGGUUCCAGAACCGCAGGAUGAAGCAGAAGAAGCGCGAGAAGUUCGGCUGCGUGUCGGCGCAGAGGAAACCUUCCGGUCCCGACGCCUCUCCAAAGACAAAGGAGUGA